AUGCAAGCAUGCUUGAUGCUUGUGUGUCUGUCAAUGGUUGAUUUAGCAGCUUCUCAGACGUGUUGGUCGGGAUUUCUUGACGGGCAGACCUUCACUCCGGGAAUGCUGGUUACUUCGAUGGAUAAUGUGAUUUGUACUACGACGACCACGACUGUUACGAUGACGAGUUUGACAUCAACGUCCGCAACGAUGACGGGCAGCAGCACGACCACCUCGUCGGCUACAAUGUCAACCUCGUCAACUACCAGUUCUACGGCCACGACCUCAACGGGUACGACAUCGACCGUCUCGGCUACCACUUCGACUUCUUCGUCAGCUACGGCAACCAGCUCGAGCUCUACAACCUCAACGGCAACCUCCUCCACGGCAACAGCGACAACAAUCACCACGUCCUCAGCCACUGCCACAAUGACUUCUUCCACGACCGAGACAGCUACGGGAACCACUUCCACUUCUUCAUCGGCGACGGUCACCAUCACAUCAAGUUCCACUGUGACGAUGACGACCUCGACAAGCAGCAGUGCAACGGCCACCGAGACCACCUCGACAUCGUCGAGUGCGACGGGGACAACUUCGACGUCCAGCUCAGCGAGCACGACCUCGACCACAGCGACCGCAACCGCCACUACUACGACAUCGGAGACUGCGACCUCAACGACCACUGCAAGCACUUCUACUACCCCUUUCCGCUGCGCUUCGACGUUCAUUCUCGCGGAUGACGGAGACGGAGAGGAGUUCGGUGGGUUGAACCGUGCAAGCAGCUCUACUUGUGACAAUCUUCCAGUCGGGACCACGUGUGAGGUGACCUUCAACGCAGGCAGCGGCAGCGAUCUCUCCGCGUGCAUUGCUGCCGGCACCUACACGUGGUUCUGCCCCGCCCUGGGGUCAGAAACAUCGAGAGCAGAGCUCCAUGCCCUGGACCCCUACAUCCAGUGCCGUGUCUGUGAAGCCACGUUUGUCGAUACCGAUGAGAAGACGGGAGACUUUGCCGGCAAGGUGGUGUUCGGACCCAACAUGGUGAACGGAGUCGUGGACGAGACGGUGCUCGACUAUUACGUGGUCCUCCCCAUGGACGACUGCGGGCACAUCCCUUUCAAUCAAGCUAUCCUAGGCCACGUGGCAAAGAGCAGUACUCCCCCCAUCUGCUGCGAACAAGAUAUGUACGAGAUCAGCAUUAGCUUGCCUCAGUUUGCCUACAACAAGAUCGUGGUCGUUCCAGCUGGCAGCAACUACUCCUAUGACUACCUUGAUGAUGGUGUGGUCAUUGAUCUUGUAGACCUGACCACAACCACAACGACCACCUCAACAGCUUCCUUGACUGCAACGUCUAAGACGAUGACAUCCACGGUGACGGCAACAUCUCUCACCAGCACUAGCAACACAGCAACCGAGUCAACCACCGUCACCGGCGCCUUGGGUGGAAGUGGCUGGGUGGACAGCACGAUGCAGACGCAGUUGGCCCCUGUGCUGAUGGCAGGGCUUGCGCUAGUGGUCUUCGGCUGA